CCUGACCUAACCUCGAACUUUACGUCAUUCAUAAAAAGCUUUACGUUUGUCAAAAAGAUUUAUUAUCCACCGUUAAAUGCGAGGAAGAUUCAUAAAACACGACAUGCGUUUUACGCGAUAAAAGGCUGACGAGAUAACUAAUAUUGAUCAAAAUUUUCCCGAGAGGAAGCCAUUUUUGUGCGACUUGCUUGUGCGUAAUUUGAAGUGUCUAGGAACGUCAAACUUGCGCCAGUUCGUGGCGGCAUCACGGAUGGAUUCCACAGAUUUCGGCGAGAAUUAAGCGAAAAGAGUGACAAGAAAAAGGAGAUUUUGCUCCGGUUACAUUGGUUACGAUGUCGCAUUUCUGAACGAGUAGCAAAGCCGAGCUGCGGACGAUGUUUUGUUGUCUGAGGAACUGUUUCGAUGGCCUCGGCUUCGCCGCGACUCAAGCUCCGAAGCGGGAACGAAAUCCCAUCGCUUUAGACACGACUCAUAUGGGAAAUGAAGUAGUAAUAGUGAAAAAUGGUCUAAGAAUAUGUGGAAGUGGCGGUGCCUUAACAAAUGCCCCUCUCGUCCAAAGUAAAAGUUAUUUUGAAGUAAAGAUACAACAAAGUGGAAUAUGGGGCAUUGGGCUAGCCAGGAGGGAUACGGAUCUUAAUGUUGCCAUAGGAGGAAAGGAUUCGGAAAGUUGGGCACUCAAUUCGGAUGGUAUUAUAAGGCAUAAUGAACAAGAACUCCACAAGAUUCAAAACCCUGUACAGGAAGGAGAUGUUAUUGGAAUAUCCUAUGAUCACAUAGAGUUGAAUUUUUAUUUAAAUGGAGAAUCCAUGAAUGCUCCAAUUAUAAGUAUAAAGGGACGAGUUUAUCCAGUGUUAUAUGUGGACGAUGGAGCUAUCCUAGAUUUAAUUCUAGAAAAUUUUAUCUACACUCCACCAAUGGGCUUUGAAAAAAUAAUGUUGGAGCAAUCGUUGCUUUAGCAGAAUGACAAACAAAAGUGAAAUAAGAAUUAUAUUGUCAAAAUUGAUAUUCGUCCAUUUUGUGGUUUUGAUUAAUUAUUGAAACCAAACUAAGAAUAAUACAAAUCCCAAAUAGAUGAGGAAUCUACAAUGGCAUAAUAUUAAGAAACUUUGUCACAAAGUAUAAAUGUUUAUCAUACUAAUUGCAUGAUAAUGUGCGUGGAUAUAUUUAAUCAAGGUGCGUGGAAUAAAUAAUUUGCCUAAAGCGAUACGAGAAUCUAUCUUUCGAUCCAUACUCUAUAGAACGAGGAGAAUCGUAAUGAAUAGAUUUUACAUAACUGAAAGAAUUCUUCAGGUUUAUUAAAAUUAAAAGGUUUACAACAUUCAUCAUUCAAAUGAGUUAGACUCAGCUCUAUUUCGAUCUGCGCGACGUCUAUCUUACAAUAUCUGUAUAUCUUUAUUUGUAUAAUUGUAUAAUAAUAGAUAUAAUCACACAUAAA